CAAACAGUUUAGUUUUUAAGAUUACCAACCUAAUUUUGUACGUGUGAAAGGUUAUAAUGGUUUAGUAUGUAAAUUAGAUAUUUAUUUAGUCUUGUGAUAGCUUUAUGAUUAACAGUUUUUAAAAUGACAUCAGACUUUGAAGAUUUGGAUAGUUUGCAAGAUGAACUUAGGAAUAUUCAAAGUGUUAUUCAUUUAACGAGAGAAAACAUUGAUGCUUUAAAUGCAAAGUUUGCAGGGUUUCAACACCCUCCGUCAAUGUAUUUAAGUGAAUACCAUGAACUAACGAGUAAACUUCACGAAUUUGAGGUCAAAGAACAACAGUUAAUUGAGGAAAUAGGCAAUGGAAGAUCCAGCCCACAAGAUACUUUAGCAGAUAGUGACUAUAGUUCUCUAUAUGACCAGCCAUGUAAACCUAUAAGAACACAUUUAAAAUCAGUAGUUCGAGCACAUCUACCUAAUCAACAACGCACUAGUGUACAGGUAAAGCAGGGACAAAGUCUACGUGAUGCUCUCGCUAAGGCAAUGAAACUACGUAACUUAACUCCCGAUGUUUGUAUUGUUUAUAAUAUAGUAAGUGGUGUGCAAAUACCGUGGGAUGCUGAUAUCUCAACAAUUGACUGUGAAGAGAUCAGAGUUGAGAUUUUGGACAAAUUCCCGAUUGCAACUAGCAUUUCUCAUAAUUUUGUAAGAAAAACAUUUUUUUCAUUAGCUUUUUGUGAAUGUUGUCGGCGUCUAUUAUUUCAAGGUUUCUACUGUCGUACCUGUGGUUAUCGGUUUCAUCAAAGAUGUGCUGCAGGGGUUCCAGCAUUAUGUCAACAGGUUCGUAUGCAAGAUACCUAUUAUCAAAUGUUACUUGCACAAAAUGCAGAGACAUCUGCAGGUAUAUUGCAGAUUCCAUCUGGCUACGGAAUGAACAGAAAUCCCUCCAGACGUCAUCCAAGAGCUCUAGGUCAUGGUGAAAGAUCUAGCUCAGCACCAAAUGUUUGUUAUAAUCUUGUUAAUCCUAUGGGUGGUGAUAUUCCGUCUUUGGAAGAGUUUGUUAGUUUAGUCAGUACUGCUCCAGGACCAGUUGUUAACAACAGACUCUCUCACAGUCAGAGUGCUCAGGCAUCCCCUACUAAUGCUUUAAGACCCUGGAGACCAAGAGCUCGAAGUGCUGAUGAAAGUGCAAAUAAAAUUAAAAUUCACAAGGAUGCUCCAAGGGAAUCUAUUGAAGAUUGGGAAAUUCCAGCCGAUGAAAUUCUUGUAGGGCCUAGGAUUGGAUCAGGUUCAUUCGGAACAGUGUACAAAGGCCAUUGGCAUGGGCCUGUAGCUGUAAAAACGUUGAAUGUAAAAGACCCUACUCCUACACAGUUACAAGCAUUCAAAAAUGAAGUAGCUGUUUUAAGAAAAACACGCCAUCUAAAUAUUCUUUUGUUCAUGGGUUGUGUUAGUAAACCUCAAUUGGCAAUAGUUACUCAGUGGUGUGAAGGUUCUAGUUUGUACAGACAUCUUCACGUUCUGGAAACUAAGUUUGAAGUUUUGACUUUGAUCGAGAUAUCCCGUCAAAUUGCACAGGGUAUGGACUAUUUACAUGCAAAGAACAUAAUUCACCGGGACUUAAAGAGUAAUAAUAUUUUUUUACAUGAUCUGACGGUUAAAAUAGGAGAUUUUGGCCUAGCAACAGUCAAGACUCGGUGGUCUGGUGGACAACAGUCUUUACAACCAACAGGAUCCAUUCUUUGGAUGGCACCAGAAGUUAUCCGAAUGGAUGAAGAAAAUCCUUACAGUUUUCAAUCAGAUGUGUAUGCUUUUGGCAUAGUUUUGUUUGAACUAUUUUCAGGACAGUUGCCGUAUGCUAGUAAUGAUAAGGACGUAAUAUUUUAUUUAGUGGGAAGGGGAUUUCUUCGACCUGAUCUUAGUCAAAUUAGUUCUGAAACCCCCAAAGCACUACGAAGACUGGCUGAAGAUUGUAUCAAGCUGAAUAGAGAUGAGCGUCCACUCUUCCGGCAGAUCUUAGUGUCACUAGAGAGUCUCCAACGAGCUCUGCCUAAAAUCCACAGAUCAACUUCUGAACCUACUCUUAAUCGUACCCAGCUUCAAUCCGAUGAUUUUCUCUAUGGUUGUGCAUCACCCAAAACACCUGUUAAUACUCAGUUUGGGGCCUUUCCAUUUUACUCAAUGGGUGGUAUUAUUUAAACUUUUAUAAAUUUAGUGAACUAUAGGUGUUCAAAGCUUUUUGUGCAGGUGAUUUUCUCUUAUUGUUAAAUUUGUUGAUUCCAGAUUAAGAUUUUCUUGUACAAUAUUAUUCAUUCAAAUAGUAUUAUGGAAUUUCAAAUGUUUACUAUAAAAUUUGUUCCUAAUUCAUUUUUAUACUGUAUAUAGACCUCCAUUGACAUACCAGUAACUAAAUAAAAAAGAAAACCAAUCCAAACAAUAAACUCCAGUUCAUUCCCUUUAAUUUCACUAGCCUACAUUCAAAAUAUAAAAAAUGUUGACACAGAAAUGGAAAAGGUUUUAACAUCAAUUUAUGUCUUGGCCUAUAAACUUAAUGUAUACAGAAAUAUUUUAACCUUAAUGCAUAAUGCAGAACUCAUGCUAGUUGAAUAAAUUGGUUAGACAUGUAUGUUAAUCUUCUUCUAAUUUGUUUUGCAUAAUGUGUAAAAAAUAAUUUGUUUACACCUCACAAGAACACAAUGUAAAAUUAGCGUAUUGCUGGUUUACAACUAAUAAAUAGUUAUGACGGUAAAUAAUGUUUAAUACUAGUAUUGUAUAUCACAUGCCUGGUAUAGAAAUGAGAUAGUGAAUUGGAACGUGUAGGCUGUGCUAAUAUAUUUUGAAAACAAAAGAUCUGAAUAUGAGAAAUAGUUCUUCAAACAUGAAAUACAGAAUUAGAUAAGAAAAAAUACAAGUAUUGUAACAUUUUACAUACAUCGUGAUGACAUGAUUUCUUUUUUUAAUAAAUUUAUUUUGGCGUACAGAAAUAAAAAUUGGUUUUGUUACUAUAUGUAUUAUUCUGUAAAAAUGAAAAUAAACACAGAUUUAUUUCAAUUCUUUUAUAGUAAAAAAAGUGCAGUAUUUUGGACUUGUAAAUUCAUAUAAUAUUUAAUAACAGCUUUCCAUUGGCUUUAUUCCAGUCCAAUUUUUUACUGUUCUAAACAAUUUUAAAUCAGUAUAUUGUUAAAACCAAACUUAUGGAUUCUAAUUUCAUCACAUAAUGUCAGUGUAUAUAAUACCAAAGUGAUUAAUUCAUUUUAAUAUGUGGAAGUAAUCAACAGUUUUUAUUCCAACAAUCCUUCCACCGCAUAAAACGAAUUUUAAACAAAGAAACAUCUUGAUAUCAUGAAGUGAGUGUAUUGAUAUUGUGUAGUUUUUGUGUAGUAUGACCAUUUGACUGAUUGAGACAUCACUCACUUUCUUGCAAUUUUCAAUAUAAGGUAUGUCAAUUUGUAAGAGGUAUAAAAUCAAAAUCAUAAUUUCCUUUUGUAUAUGAAAAUUCAAUAAAAUAAAUUCAUCAAAAAGAAUUUUUACUCAGACUUGUUUAAAAAGUCUCUUAUAGUUGUUAACAUUCAUAACUGUAAAAAUGCAUCUGUUGAAAUAAAAAACUUUUAUUCACCUGGCUACUUAACCCUCAUAAAAAGGGCUAUUACAAAAACAUAUUUAUAAGUAUAAUUAAUUACAAGCCAUCCAACCACUGAUUGUUCUUUAAAAGACAAUUAAAUUUAUAGUAUAUUUCAUAAUGUAAUGUAAUUGUCUGUCUUAAAAAUAAUAAAUUGACUAAUGCUAUGGAUGAGCUAUAAGAAAAAUAGACAAAUAUAUUAGUCACUGACGUUUAAUAUCAUAAUUGAACCAAAUAAAUGAUUAAAAAUUAAUGUCAAUAAUUGAAUUUGAUGGUAGGUCAUUCCUGUUUUAAAAUAACUAGCCUUUAUUUAUAAAACAAAAUAUUCAAGUUUUAUAUGUAUCAAGUUUAAUUCAUCUUUUAAAUAUUGUAAAUAUGUACCUUAACCUGUAGAACCAUUUGAAUCAUUGAACAUUUUAGAAAUAAAAAACACCCAACAUGAAAUUUCCAAAUUACUGUUUUAAAUUCAAGGAAAACAGGAUUAUUCAUAUUAGCAACAAGGACUGAAAUAAUACCUAAUUAAUGUUUUUAGACUUAUUUAGGUUUGUUACAAUAUUAAAAUAAAUGUUAAACUAAUAAAUAAAACAAAGCUAAAUUUAUAAUAUAUUUAGUUUAACCCUUUUAUCCCAAUACAUGUUUAUAUGCAUAUUCAUGGUACGUAAUGUGCUAAAAAUCCUAAUUUCCAUAUUUACAAUAUACAUUUAGGUUUGAUCUUAGAAUAAAACCAAAGCAAUUUUUACUUUUUUGGGAUUUUGAAUAAAAAUAUAUUUUGCAUAGAUACAAAACUCAUUUCUGUUUAAGGCUGUUUAAUCAGAAAUAACUUAAAUUAAAAAGCAUGACAUUUGACUUUUAAAUAAAAAUAAUAAAUUACUCAAUUAAAAUAAAAAUAAAUUACCAAACCAGAUGUCUGUUAAGAUUAUUUGGCAUCAAAUUAGUAAUACAUAUUUAAUUUGGGUUUUAUUGUGUUUUUUUAAACAGUAGUUUAUAUUUUACUGUGGGGAUUUAAUAUAAUCAACUUUCUUCCUUCUGAUAGAAUCAUUCAGUGAUUUAUAUUUAUCAUACCUUACACUGCUGUAUUUCAUUUUUAAAUUUUAUUUUUCUAUUGUUAUAUACUAUAACCAUUUAUUGUCAGCCCUUUAUAUUUAAUGUGACAAAUAUCUAUUUAGUUAUGUGCAGUAACUUCUUUGUCUAAAUAUAAACAUUUUGUUUACCUUUAUUAUUAUUAAAUUUACUUUUCUUAACACAUUUUACAAGCCUUUUAAGGGAAUACUGAGUUUCAACAUAGGCUAUUGCUGUCACUUACAUAUUGUACUAUAGAUUCAGUAUUAUUUACAAUUUCCUUUUUCUUCAUACUAUACUAAGUAACUUAUACAAUAUAAAAAAUAAAAACAUUUCAAUAAUGUAUCCUUUUACAUGUAAAAAUUAAAAAAUACAAUAUUUUUAAUUUUAGUUUCUGUAUGGUUGUUAACAAAUUAUAUUUUAUUACUCAAGCAUUAGAACCUUUUAAAAAAAUACAACUCAUUAUUAAUGUGCAAGCAUAGAUGUCAGCAGAUCUGCUGAUAAAGGUCUGUUCGUUUAACCUGCUCUUUUUACAAUUAAUGUUAUAUGUUAUAAAAUCAUGACUGAUCUGAACUACUCUAUUCCACUUUGACCCAAUCAUACAUCAGUUAUCCUACAAGAAAACAAAUACAAAGGAAUAAAACAUGUCUAACAACAUAAAAUCCAUUUCAAAACAAUUUUAAUAGAAUCGUAAUAGUUGUGUGUUUCAAUUUAAAACUGUAACAUAUGAAUGUUAUAAGCUACACGAUAUAUUUUUAUGAUCAUGACUUAAAUUUAUAUUGUAAAUAUUUAUGCAAGAAUUUCUUAAAUUUGAAUGUAGUGCCAAUGUCAGGAUUGUAUUUAGAGGUAGUGUAAAAAGUCUACUUCUUGUUUACUUCAAGCAGGGUAAACAAACAGAUUUUGAUAUCUGUUCUCUUUAAAUAAACCACCUUCAUAUGAUCUAAGUUGCCUCAAUAAUCAAAGGUAUUCAGUUUGCAGGAAAACCUUUGAUAUCCUGCAAAAUAACUAUCUAUCUUUGGUCAAUUUUCAGCAAGAGGUGUGGCUCCUUUAUGAGAAUUUGUUUCCAGAUUCCAAUAAAUAUUACUUUGCAAAUCUAAGAGAAAAGGGCUCUGUAGUUAAUUAUUAAUCUUAAAUUUUAGUCUUUCCAAUUGUAACAAUAUUCGCUCUUAGUUUUAUAAGUUAUUGAGAUUUUUAAUUUACUUUUUUCUAUCAUUGUUUUAUUCUGGAAUAUGCUACCAGGUUAUAUGUGCUAGUGAAUUGUACUAAAUAGAAAUUUGUUAAAAGGAUAGGAAUUUACCUAUGUUUGGUAUAUAUAGGCUACUAUAUAAAUGAUACAUAAUAUUUCUUAUUCUUCUAAAGGGCCUAACAUUGUUAAAAUUACAAUUAAAACAUUGUAUCUUAGAAAAUAUAUUUGGAAUCUCUUAAAGUUGAAACUAUUAUUCGUAUAUCUUAAUUGAUAAACGUAGUGUGGGCCUUUGGCAAGACCAUCUCACAAUAUUUAUUGAGACCUUUCACAGCCUUUUACAUCAACCUUGUUUAAUUUUUUAAAAUGUAUAAUUUAUUUCUUAUAUUAAAAUAUGUUUUUCUGUAUUUAAUUAUGUAAUUUUCAUGUAUCAGAUUUUGAAAUGGAUUAUUAAUAUGUGAACAAAGUUUAAGCUUGGGAGUGGAGUAGAUGGAAUAAUUGGAAACUUUAAAUGUUUGGAAACAUUUUCAUUUUUUAAAUUAGCCUACAAUUUAUAAGUAAACUUAAUUAGCAUCCAUUACAUGCAUUGAUUUGGCAGGUCUUAUGCAGCAUAAAAGCAUUUUUGAUACAGUAUUUUCAGCAGUCAAAGUGAUAAUGAAAAUUUGAUUAAUAUAUUUUAGUAGAAAGGCUUAUCAUAGUCAGUCAGUUGGUGAUACCCUCUUUUUAGUCACUAAGAAUUCACUUGAUACCAAUACAUUCGAUUUAGAAAGUAAUAAAAACAUCAUAUCCAUGGCUGAAUUAUGACUAGAUAAUGUUUUUUUAUUUAUUUGAAAUUUUGAGUGUCAAUUAAUUUUAUAAAUUGUGUACUAAUUUCAGCUAAUAACAAUUUAGAGAAGAUCUUGUACUGUACUUAUUUAAAAAUUAUUGUCGUUUGAAGGAAAGAAAGACCCCAUUACAGGUCUCUGCAAAUUUGUGCUAAAUGCAGUGAUUCCAAGAAAAGGAUUUUGUGUAAUAAAUCUUAUCAUACAUUCCUAGGAUAUUGUUGCUUUAUAUUUAGAACUAUGCUAUUUCAUUGAAUAUUUACUGCUGUUGGUUAAUAUUAUCCUAAAACAUUGCAAUUAAUUGAAAUAAUUUUCUAACUGUUGUAUCUUAUUUUGUUGAAGACAAAUUCAGUAAAAUGUUGAAUGACAAAAAAUAAUUAAUGAACUGAAUAUUGUAUGUUUUUAGAUUUGGCGUUAUUAUUCACUGCUUACUAUUAAAUUAAUUCUUGUGGUAUAUUGUAAUAUGCCUAUCAUAUUUUUAAAUUUUUAUUUUGUAAAUGUAACAUUACACUAAGUUUUUCAUAGAUGUACUAUGUGACAUUGUAAUUGCUAGAUAAUGUCAGGUCUGAUAAGUACUUUUGAGAGAGGCCAUUUACCUUUAAUAAUUAAUUGUGGAAACGAUUACAUUUUACUUAAAUGGACUUGUAAUCAUUAAAUGAAAUGGUACCUUUUAUGUAUUAUUUUGACUACAUCGUAAAUAAAGCAUAUGUUGCUUAAUUUA